CAUGUGCGGCUUUCUAAGCUCUGUAUGCAUUUACACUGGUUUUCACUUCAUGCACUUGAAGUGUGCUGUGUGAUUACACUAUAUGAAGGACUCUAAAGUCCAGUGGAAUCGUGCGUGUGCCAUCUCGUACACCUGCUUUGCACACCUUGUCUCCGGUAAACUUUGUGCUACAGGCAGUGGGGAACUCAGUGGGGAACUCUAUUCCUCUUUUGCCUUAAAGGGAAUAACCCCAUGAUGCUCGUCUCGCACUAAGCUACACAACAGCAUUUUCUCCUCUCUGAACUUUUUGCUGGAGUUCCCCAUCACUCCGGAGCCGAACAGCAUGGCGGGUAACGGACAAACCGAAGAGCCUUGGAACUACAGCAGCGCGGAGCUGCUGGAGCGCACCACCCCGGUGUCUAUGAUUCAAACUACUCACUAUCCUUUUCCAACCGUGGAUGUUCCAGACCAUGCCCACUAUACUGUCGGCUCUGUUAUCUUAAUCAUUGGCAUCACUGGCAUGGUGGGCAACUUUCUGGUCAUGUACGCCUUCUGCAAGAGCCGAAGUUUAAGAACACCAGCCAACAUGUUCAUUAUUAAUCUGGCCAUAACUGACUUCCUGAUGUGUGUCACUCAGACACCCAUCUUCUUCAUUACCAGCAUGAAUAAGAGAUGGAUCUUUGGGGAGAAAGGCUGUGAAUUGUAUGCAUUUUGUGGUGCUCUCUUUGGGAUGUGCUCUAUGAUCACACUAAUGGUCAUUGCUGUGGAUAGAUAUUUUGUCAUUACUCGGCCCCUGGCUUCCAUAGGCAAGAUGUCACACAAGCGUGCUCUUUUAAUCCUCGUCCUAGCCUGGCUGUACACCUUGGUUUGGAGCCUUCCUCCCUUUUUUGGCUGGAGUGCAUAUGUUCCUGAGGGCUUGAUGACCUCCUGCACAUGGGACUAUAUGACGUUUACCCCAUCUGUUCGUGCCUACACAAUGCUACUCUUCAUCGGUGUCUUCUUUAUCCCUCUGUUUGUCAUUAUGUACUGCUAUUUCUGCAUCUUCCGUGCUAUUCGCAACACCACCAGUGCUAUAGGUAAAAUUAGUGAGGAAGGAGGAAUCACCAAAGAUUCAAUCAAAAAGUUUCAUCGAUUGAAAAGUGAAUGGAAGAUGGCCAAGGUGGCUCUCAUAGUCAUUCUGUUGUAUGUGAUCUCCUGGUCGCCAUAUUCUUGUGUGGCUCUGACGGCGUUUGCAGGUUACGCUGACUUACUCACCCCAUACAUGAACUCUGUUCCUGCUGUGAUUGCCAAGGCUUCAGCUAUCCACAACCCCAUCAUUUAUGCCAUCACACAUCCCAAAUACAGAUCUGCUUUAGCAAGGUAUAUUCCAUGUCUGGGUGUGCUACUGUGUGUUCCUCAUGGAGAACGCUUGACUAGCAGCAGUUUUAUGUCCACACGCCGCUCCACCGUGACCAGCCAGGCUUCAGAAAUCGGCAGCAACGUGCGUCAAUCAAGCAGGACGCGCCUGUCCUCGAUGUCCGACAGCGAGUCUGCUUUGACGGACACUGAGGUGGACGUGGCGAGUGCACUUUCUCGUCAGGUGUCCUACGAAGGGCGUAAAGAGCUGUCCGACUUUUCUCUGAAGGUGAAGGUGAGAGGUCGAGACUCGGGUGGAUUCAGGAGUCCUGUUGAUACAGGUCUAAACCUCACCGGCUAUGCUUAUAUCAGUACUAUGAUGGACAAGGAUGAUAUCUCCAUUUCUGAGUCUGUCCAGUCCAAUCAUCUUCUCUCCACUCCAGCACAUGAGCACAAGAAGCAGACAGCAACUAUUCCCUCCAUUGUUGUAACCUCCGAGUCCCAUCCUGCCGUCCUGUCCGAUGGGACCAAUAGCCACCCUUAUAAAUGCCUCCCCAGCAUUUCUCCAGUGGUGCCUCUCAACAUGGAACCUCUUGUCAUGGACCAAGUGAGCAAUUCCCAGGCCUACAAUAACAACAUUAGCAUUCCUCAGCAUAGAAUCUGAAAGAAAACGACUGCCCUGUCCUUAUCUCUCUUUCCUUAACAUCCUCAAGAAAAAGAUCAAAAUAACCAAUAUGCACUUUUUAUUUUUAUUUUAAAAUGUUAUAAGUCAUCUCACUGCACAGGGCUUUUGACUGUGCAUUCACCGUUUUUUCAUUUUGUGUGUAUGUAUCUGUGUGAUCUUGAAAGAUAAGAGAUUGUUGAGGAACAGCUCGAGGUUUUCUGCAGUGCAGAGUGUCGUCUCUUAGCAGGUUUUCCAGGAAGACAGGACUGCCUGCAGAGCUGUCUGCUCUUUCAAACAGUACACCAAGCCUAGCCGACGCAGAACAAAUACUGUUCUUUUCUAGAAAUACAGUACAAUGGACAAAAUCACUUGUUCGGCAGAAAAAUAUAUCCUCAAACUUUGGAGAAUUAAUCACCUGGACUCAAUUUUCUGUUUUUCUCAAUAUAUUCUUUAUUUUAUCAUCAAGUCACUGUGACACAGGAGAGUGAUGUUUCAGUAAGCUGCUGUUUGUUCACAGAAUACAUUUUAUUUUUUAUCAACCAUUGGUUUUACAGAAUAUAUUUUUCAAAUAAUAUAGAACAAGAACGCUGGCAGAUAUUUAGUAAGUCACUUUUCAUUUUACUGAGUAGGCUUUUUUCUUUCUAUUCCCAUAUUUGAUUUUGCGUGAUUUCUUAUAAAGUAAUGGCCAAAAUUGUUGGCACCCCUAAAAUCUUUCCAGAAAAUGAAGUAUUUCUCACAGAAAAGUAUUGCAAUUUCACACAUUUUGCUAUUCACAUGUUUAUUUCCUUUGUGUGUAUUGAAACAACACAAAAAAAAAAAAAAAAAAGCAAAAAGUAAAUUUGACAUAAUUUCACGGUCCAGGUCCAAAAAUCGGCCGGACAAAAUUAUUGCCACCCUUUCAAAAUUGUGGAUAAAUAAGUUUGUUUCAAGCAUGUGAUGCUCCUUUAAACUCACCUGGGGCAAGUAACAGGUGUGGGCAAUAUAAAAUUCACACCUGAAAGCAGAUAAAAAGGAGAGAAGUUGACUCAGUCUUUGCAUUGUGUGUCUGUGUGUGCCACACUAAGCAUGGAGAACAGAAAGAGGAGAAGAGAACUGUCUGAGGACUUGAGAACCAAAAUUGUGGAAAAAUAUCAACAAUCUCAAGGUUACAAUCCAUCUCUAGAGAUCUACAUGUUCCUUUUGCUCAUAGUGUGCAACAUGAUCAAGAAGUUUGCAACCCAUGGCACUGUAGCUAAUCUCCCUAGACGUGGACGGAAGAGAAAAACUGAUGAAAUGUUGCAACGCAGGAUAGUCCGGAUGGUGGAUAAGCAGCCCCAAACAAGUUCCAAAGAAAUUCAAGCUGUCCUGCAGGCUCAGGGUGCAUCAGUGUCAGAGUGAGCUAUCCGUCGACAUUUGACUCAAAUGAAACGCUAUGGCAGGAGACCCAGGAGGACCCCACUGCUGACACAGAGACAUAAAAAAGCAAGACUUCAGUUUGCCAAAAUGUACGUGAGUAAGCCAAAAAUCCUCCUGGGAAAACAUCUUGUGGACAGAUGAGACCAAGAUAGAGAUUUUUGGUAAAGCACAUCAUUCUACUGUUUACCGAAAACGGAAUGAUAAGAACACAGUAACUACAGUAAAAUAUGAUGUAGGUUCAAAGAUGUUUUGGGGUUGUUUUGGUGCCUCUGACAAUGGGUGCCUUGACUGUGUGCAAGGCAUCAUGAAAUCUGAGGAUUAGCAAAGGAUUUUGGGUCACAAUGUAGGGCCCAGUGUCAGAAAGCUGGGUUUUUUGCGUCCGAGAUAAUGAGUCUUCCAGCACGACAAUGACUCCAAACAUACUUCAAAAAGCACCCAGAAAUGGAUGGCAACAAAGCACUGGAGAGUUCUGAAGUGGCCAGCAAUGAGUCCAGAUAUAAAUCCCAUUGAACACCUGUGGAGAGAUCUUGAAAUUGCUUUUGGGAAAAGGCACCCUUGCAAUAUGAGAGACCUGGGGCAGAUUGCAAAGGAUAUAAGGCUUAUUGAUGGUUAUAGGGAGAAAUAAAGGUGUAAGUAGCUUAUUGAUGUUUAAAAGGAAGCGAUUGAUGUCAGUAUUUUUUUUCCAAAGGGUGUGCAACCAAAUAUUAAGUUAAGGGUGUCAAUAAUUUUGUCUGGCCCAUUUUUGGAGUUUUGUGUGAAAUUAUGUCAAAUUUGCUUUUUUCUAUGUUGUUUCAAUACACACAAAGGAAAU